AUCAAGGUCAAGGGUCAACAGAGAUCAGAAAGUCUUUCCCUCCACACUUUGACUGUUGGGAACUUCUAGAGGAAGCAUGCAACACAUUUAUGACACCAAACUGAAUCCGAGACUGCCCCCGACCGUCGACUCCUUCCUGCAAGGAAAUGUCAGGAUGACUCUGGAGAACGCUCAUCUCUGGAAGUCCUUUCACCGCAUCGGAACAGAGAUGAUUAUCACAAAACACGGCAGGAGGAUGUUUCCGCAUUGCAGCGUGACCGUGACGGGCCUGCAUCCAUUUGCAAAAUACGUCAUCUUGAUAGAUAUGAUUCCCGCUGACAACUUCAAAUAUAAGUGGAAGAAGGACAUAUGGGAGGUGGCGGGGAAGGCAGAACCUCAACCUCCGGCUAGGUCCUACACGCACCCCGACUCCCCGGCACCAGGGGGUCACUGGAUGAAGCAGUCGUUGUCCUUCCUCAAGAUGAAGCUCACCAACAAUAAUCUGGACCAGCAUGGACACAUCAUCCUGCACUCCAUGCAUCGCUACUACCCGAGGUUUCACGUCAUCCAAGCGGAGAGUCCCUACACGGUCCACUGGGGUCCCGUCCAGUCCUUCUCCUUCCCAGAAAUGACCUUCACUGCAGUCACCGCUUAUCAGAAUGCAAAGAUCACCAAAUUGAAGAUAGACCACAACCCUUUCGCCAAAGGAUUCCGAGAGGGAGGCACUCACACACAAGGGAAAAGGUGUCAUUCAAGCACAAGGCAUCCCGAGAAAAUAUCCUCGGCGGAAAGCAAAAAACCUUGCAAAAGUCUUUCAGGCCUUCAGAGGGCGCCCUCUUCCUCUCAGUCAGAGGAGAGAGGAAAGCACCAGGGUGCAGGAGCAGAGUCAGUGAAGGGUCCACCUCCCAGCUGGAGUCAGGACCCCUCAGAGUCUCUCCAGGCUGAGCCGCUGGAGCUUCAUGAGUACGAGUAUAGUUGUGAGGAGCAGAUGGUGCCUGCCUCAGUGGCCUAUCAACCCAACAGGGCUGUGGAAUAUUCCAGACUUGUGUUCUCCAGCAAUGAUGUGGAUGCGGGGCAACCACUCGCCACGGCGGAACAUGGAGCCCAACAAAAUGGCUACCACCCGCACAGCAGCAACAUGGCCGACUGGAGCCAAUUUCCGCUCUUCUCCUACUCCUGCUUGUGAAUCCUCACAAUGAACCAGUGUUAUUGGAGAUGU